AUGAAGCGAAACAAUAUGUUAUCGCGCUUCAGAACUGCCCUGCUUCUCGGUCUCGCUACAGGCACCCUUGCUCUGGAUAAUGGCGUCGGAACAACCCCAGCUAUGGGAUGGAACUCUUACAAUGCUUUCUUGUGCGAUACUACCGAAGCCCAAUACAAAGCCGCUGCUCAGCAGCUCAUAAACCUCGGGUUGCGCGAUGUCGGGUAUGAGUACCUGAACCUUGACUGUGGAUGGCAAGGAAGGCAGAGAAAUGCCAGUGGACAAUUCACUUGGGACAGCACCGUCAUCCCAAACGGUAUCCCGGCGCUUGGUGAAUAUGUUCACGGGCUUGGCUUGAAGUUUGGGCUCUACUCCGACGGCGGAUACUUUGGAUGCGAUUUCGUCGGCGGGACGGCGAAAUAUCUCGGAAGCUUGCAUCAUGAAGUCGAGGAUGCAGCUCUCUUCGCGGCGUGGGGUGCAGAUUAUCUCAAGUAUGACAAUUGCUACGCAGUCAGCGAGACCGAUUUCGUGAAUUACUUCCCCCCGAUCCCUAUCAAGCCUCAUAUGACGGCGAUGAGGGACGCUCUGGCCCUCACAAAGCGCCCCGUUCUGUUCUCAGUUUGUAACUGGGGUGUACAAGACCCUGCGAGGUGGCCUGGGACUGAGGUCGGCAACUCGUGGAGAACAUCGAAUGACAUAGGUCCACCCGUCUCUUGGAACAGUAUAAUCAGAAUUAUCAACCAAGUCGUCCCUAUCGCACAGUUCUCUGAGCCUGGAGGAUUCAAUGAUAUGGAUAUGCUCGAAGUAGGUAACGCAGGCCUGACCACAGCUGAACAACAGACCCACUUCGCUCUUUGGGCUGCUGCCAAAUCCCCCUUACUCAUCUCUACUGACCUGACCAACCCUUCCGCGCAAACGUUAAAUAUCUUGAAGAACACCAGGAUCAUCGCGGUGAACCAAGAUCCUCUUGGAAAGAGCGUGUCGUUCAAGCGACGCUACACGAACGACCACGACGUCUGGUCUGGUCCCUUGGCAGAUGGAUCGACGGUCGCAGUCGUAAUCAACUGGCAGAAUUCAGCGCGGUCCCUCACAUUCAACUUGGCCGAUGUCGGGUUCUCCUCCACAACGGCCAUUGACCUCAUUACUGGCACUUCUCUCGGGAGGAUAAGCAGGUCGUACACCUCCACCGUCGCCGCGCACGGCUCCGUCGUUCUCAAACUCUCCUCCGGAGUGCCCGCACCCGCCCCGACAUUCACUUUCUACCCAGCCGCCUCCGCAUCCAACACUCUCGCUGGCGGGGCCAAUGCACGCGCCGUCAACGCCUCUACCGCCACAUCGUCAACCACCUCACCGAUCACCGUCGUCGGCUUCGUCGGGAACGGCGGCACGCUGACCUUCAACGGUGUUGACGGAGGCGCGUCAGGGGGGACGAAGCUGCUCGCGUUUGACUAUAUUAAUGGAGACUACACGUUCGGCAAUACAGCGUGUUCGAAUUGCCGCAAUGCCUUCGUCAGCGUGAACGGGGGUGCGGCGGUGCAGGUGCAGAUGCCUAUUUCGGGUCAGAGUUGGGAUAUCUUGUCCUCAGGGUAUCUCGUAUCCUUACCGGGCUUCACGCUGGGGAGGACCAAUACUGUCCAGAUAUCCAAUCCAAGUGCGUGGGCACCCGAUUUUUAUCGUCUUGGAGUGGCAAUUUAG